AUGUCUUCUAGAGCACAACGACGUCGAACAAAACCUUCAAUUACCGUGAAACAAGCAUUUGAAGAAAAUGAGAAUGACAAUAAACCGAAUACUCAAGAAAUAGCUGAUGAAUAUGAAUCAUCAUUAUAUGGUCAUAUUGACUUGAACCGAUUGUAUGAAAGAGCAUUUUUUACAAUAAAUGAUUCAACAGUUGAGAUUAUUUUGAAUAAAGAUAUGUUAAGUUGGUCAAAUCUAUCAGAUAAAACUUAUUAUGAAGAAACUCAUCAAAGAAAAGUUUCUAAUAGAGAAAAUAUGAAUUCAAUUAAUUUACAUGACGUCUAUGCUAUAUCACCAAUAUAUAAUCAGUGGAAUUCGUCAUUAAAUAUUAAUGAAAAUCAAUCGAAUAUGACUAUAUCAACUACAUCAUUGUCAUCAACAGCAAAUCUAUCAUUACGUGGAUUUCAAUUACAUACAUAUGACAUAAUACAUGAUAAUAUUUUACAAGACAUGCUUAUUAUUUUUCAAAGUAAUUUGCCCAAUCAAAUGGAACAAUGGUAUCGAUUACUUUCAAAAAUGAUUUCUGAAUAUAAACCAUCGCGUAAUGUACUUGUUCUUUGUAAUCCAUAUGCUGGUUCAAGAUCUAGUCGAUAUAUUUAUAAUACAAAAAUUAAACCUAUGUUCGAUAGAGCACAUUAUAAUAUUACUUAUUUAGAAAUCGAUGAUCUUUGUUCUACUGAUGAUACAUUAAGUAAUUUCGAAGGUGAUUUUAAUUCUUUAUAUGGUUUAGUUAUUAUUGGUGGUGAUGGCUCAGUAAUUAAUGUUAUUAAUGCAUUACUUCGUUAUUUAGCAAAAGAAAAUCGAACAAGAUUAAAUUCAGAAUUUGAUUUACCAACUUUACCUUUUCCUAUAUGUAUUGUACCGAAUGGAACAACAAAUAUCAUGUGUCAUUCAAUUCAUGGUUGUACAGAUCAUUAUACACCUAUUCUUCAUUUACUUUUUAAUCAUCGAAUGAAAAUUGAUAUGUCAGCAGUAUUUGAUGCUAAUUAUAAUUUUGUUACGGCAAAUUUUAGUGCUGGAGCUGGUUUUCCAGCUAAUGCUCUUAAAUAUUUUACACGUUAUUCAGCUUUUAGUCCAAAAAAAACUAUUCGAAAAUCAUUUUCUAAAGCAGCUUCGAAUAAAAAUCUCAGACCUAUGCAAGUGGAAAUUCGUUAUAUUCCUGCAGAUCAAAAUAGUAUAACUAUGACUCGUUGUUAUCGGGGUUGUUCUUCAUGUACUCCAGCGGCUAUGGAACAGACUGAUGAUCGAGUAAAAGUUUUUGAUAGUGAUCAUAUACAAAAAAUAAGUCAACGAAAAACACCACUUGCAUCAAAUAAUAAUAAUAAUAAUCGUUUGUUAUCAUCAUCAUUAUCGAAAAAAUUUUCUAAUCGACACAAUGAAGAAAAACAACAAUGGAAAAUUCUUCAUCAUAAUUAUUUACAAGUUGCUGUAUUAACCAAUGCAAAUUUAUGGUCAUUUGCACCACAAGGUUUAUCUAAAUUUGGUCAUUUAGCUGAUGGUUUACUUGAUUUAAUUUUAAUUGAACACACAGUACGAAAAGAGUUUUUACGUUAUAUUAAACGUAAUGGAAAUUCAAAGGAUCAGUUUGAAUUUUCAUUUACAAAAUUAAUUAAAGUAAAAGAAAUUGAAAUAGAAUUAAAACCAUCAAAUGAUUACUUAAUGAAUGAAGUAUUCAAUAUUAAUAAUCAAUUAGAAUCAUCAUCAUCAGAUGAUUCAUCCGAUGAAGAAUAUUCUAACAAUACAAAUAGAUCAUCUGCUAUACAACAACAUGAACCACAUCCAUCUAAUGUACCUAUAUCGGAAGAUAGUCGACGUUAUCAUCAUCAUAAUCAUUUAAAUGAACAAUCACAAGAAUCUUCAAAACAUGUAUUUCAAUCAUCGAAAAAUAUGAAUGAUUCAAUAAUACAUUUUAAAAAUCGAAAUCAACAAAAUAAAUAUACAGAAAAUGAAUGGAACAACUCAGAAAUUGACUUUAAUAAUUCAAAUAUAUCAUCGCGUCGAAAGAGUAUUUUUCACUCAUUAAAAUUAAGAAAAGAUAAAAUUUCUUUAUCACGUCCAUCAAGUAUUAAUAUUAGUGACGAUGUUGAUAAAAAAGAAAAUCGAAAAAAUCGACGAUUACCUAGUGGAACACUUCGACCAGCAAAAGGUAGUAAAUCCUCAUCAGAAAAACUUGGUCAAUCGUUAAAUCUAAAGCAAGAUUCUUCUCCUACCACAACUAAAAACAGUAAUAGAAGACGACCAUCAACAAUUAGUCGAUCAUCAAGCAUAGAAAAUGAAAAAAUAUCAACAUCUUACAAUAAUCAAUAUCGAAAGAGAAAACAACCAUGUAUGUGGAAUUUAGAUUUUACUCCAUAUAAUUCACCAUUAAUAAGAAUUAAAUGUUUUUAUCGCUUUUUACCAAUUUUCGGCACUGGCAUAGAUCCGGAUACAAUGCGAAAGGAAAUCAAUUAUUCAUGCUUUGGACGAAUCGGUUGA